UGUUUUCAGGCAGUUUAUGAGGACAGCUAGUUAAGUUGACGGAAGAGCAAGUGUUGAAAGUGCAUCUAGAAUUUAAUGGAUGACAGAAAUUCUACCUAAAUUGUGUUAGCUUUUGAGUGGUAACGAUUAAAACACGGUAUAAGGAAGGUGUUUCGACGGAAAACAGAAUCAAAAUGCCGUUGUUUGGGCAAAACCCUUUCGACCAGGAUGUUGAAAAAGUAACUAACGAAAACAACACAACAGAAGACUGGAGCCUCAUUAUGGAUAUCUGCGACCGAGUUGGGACAACUCCUAAUGGAGCAAAGGAUUGUCUCAGGUCAAUCAUGAAGAGAGUCAACCAUAAGGUUCCUCAUGUGGCCAUGCAAGCACUGACAUUGCUUGGUGCUUGCGUUGCAAACAGUGGAAAAAUCUUCCAUCUAGAAAUCUGCUCCAGAGAUUUUGCCAGCGAAGUACGAACUGUCUUGAACAAAGUGCACCCUAAAGUGUGUGAGAAGCUCAAAGGCAUGAUGGUGGAUUGGGCUGAGGAGUUCCAGAAAGAUCCACAACUCAGCCUCAUUGGUGCCACCAUCAAAUCUCUGAAGGAAGAAGGAGUAACUUUCCCCUCCUCAGGUUUAAAGACUAGCAAGUCCAGCAGCACCACGGUCACCAGCCGAGCCCCUGAUGAUGAUGACCUGGCCAAAGCCAUUGAGCUAUCCUUACAAGAGCAAAAGCAACAAGUAGAAACACGACCACUUAUGGUGGCAGCUGACCCACCAUUCAAUACCAACGACAUAAAAGAUACACGAAAGGUCCGUGCUCUCUACGACUUCGAAGCAGCAGAGGACAAUGAACUCACCUUUAAGGCUGGUGAGGUUGUCCUUGUCCUGGAUGACAGUGAUCCAAAUUGGUGGAAAGGAGAGAAUCACAGAGGCGUUGGACUGUUUCCAUCUAACUUUGUCACAACUAAUCUAAAUGCAGAUCCAGAACCAGUCACUUACGUCGAAAACACACCAGUCCCCGAGGAGCCCACAGUGGAAGCUAAAGCAGAGCCAGAACCAGUGCACAUAGAUGAGGAAAAGAUGGAUAGAACUUUGUAUUUACUUCAGAACACAGACCCGGCUGACUCUAAACCUGACAGCUCUGAGCUGAUCAUGUUGGAGGCUGAAUGUGCACAGAUGAAUCCACUAAUAGAUGAAAAAUUACAGGAGAUUGACAGGAAGCACUCAGAGUUGUCCGAGCUGAACGUGAAGGUACUAGAAGCCCUGGAGCUUUAUAAUCAAUUAAUGAACGAGGCUCCUAUGUACUCGGCAUACUCAAAGAUGACAACUCCUCAGGGGACAUAUUCAGCUGCCCCUCCUGCUGUAGCAAUGCAGGGUUACCCAGGCCAGCCCUCAGGGGUUUACAUACCUAGUGGCAUCCCACAAGGAUACAGUUUGGGCUCAGACCAAGCUGCCCCCCUCUGCUCACUGCCCCCCACCAUGAACUCUACAGCCCCCAAUCAACCAGCACAGCCUCCAUACAUCAGCGGUUUAGGUGCAGCAUAUAUGAACCAAGCCCUUGCUCCUGGCACUUACCCACAGAUGGCUAUGGACAUGUCAGCUUAUCAGAAUGCUAAUACUAAUAUGCCACAACCCACUUAUCCAGUGGCACCUCCUCCCCAUCCAGGCCAGCAACAGCAGACGGCCUAUUACCAACAGCCUCUUUUGUAAAUUCAUAUUGCUUCCUGUAUGGUCAUACCCUGAAAUCGCCUGGUGUUGAGGAUGUUUUGUGACCGGCAUCCAGCUCAGCAGCAACUCACUACAUACCCAUUUCAAAAAUGCAAUUAACAGCUUUUGAAGGAUGAUGUCCACAUAUCCUCUUUUAUGAUCAUCUUUCAUUUAAAUGUGCACUUGUGCAUCAUUCUCCUUGUCUGUUAAUAAGAGUACACACCAGCUUUCACCAGCAUGUGAUCUUUAGCAAUGAUGACAUACAUACUUGGCCUAAGGUUAGAUAAAUGUAAUUUAUGAGACAGGUUAUAGCAUUCUUUAAACUCAGUACUGUUUUUGGCAGACAAAUGUUUUUGAAAAUUUUGCUGAAAUAUCAUGCUGUUUUUAAGAUAGCAGUUCAAGUGUCAUAAAGACAAAGAACAUAAUGAAAAUGUUCACAAGCCACCAAAAUGCUGAAGUAAAUAAAUUUGCCAUGACAGUUUGGUUAAUAUCCAUGUUUACAUAAAAGGUCUCAGCAGUGUUGAAAUCAGACUGCUGUUGCAUGGAGAAACGAUAACAGUCAGAGACCAUCACAGUAGGGUUUUGAAAUCGGAGGCUUUCAUGAAUGGGCUUUUUAAGAUUGGCUUUGAUACGAAAACUAAGAGUGGGCACAGAUGCAAUCCCUUUAUGUUAAAUUCCUGAGUUUGUGUAGAAGUCCUGAUUUAUUAUUUGAGUUAUAGUAAUAGCGCUUUCACUAUAGUUGGAUUCCUCUAAUUUAACCUCUAUAAAAUUGCUCUGCAAAGUAAUAAAUCAUAGUGAUGCUUUAAAAUGAAAUUAUAAAUGAUGCCUUAUAUGGCCUGUAUGUGUGAAGUUUCUUUCUUG